GUCGGCAGGGAGUGGUGCCGAUUACAGAAUUUGGAGCCUGCCAUUGUGCGAAAGGCUUUCUGUCUGAAAUACAACAGCCAGGAACACGAGGAACCCAUAUGCGGAACAAACAGCUACACCCUCAUAGAUCCGAUGCCAUGCAUUUCGGCCGCAAAUUAUCAGGAAGUGAAGGAGUCCAAAGACGCCGUGGAGAAACUAGAGCCGAGUAACAAUAGCGGUGACGCUAUACAUGCUGUCGGUGAGGCAGUACGCACCAAUAGCGUUGAACCAAUCAGCGUCCUGAAUGGGGAAAUUGGCUAG